UAAUUCUAACAAUUGUAUUCGGUUAUUAUCACUACAAAAUAAAAUAUUCAAGUUUAACAAAAUAAUCCCAUAAGACUCAAUGUUAAAACGUCCUGACAAAAUCUGACAGCGUGUCACGUGACUGUAAGUAGAGGGGAGACGCACGGAGCCAAUAGCCGAUCGUAUGGAUGAUGAAAUAAUAAAAUAAGGAACAAAUUAUAUUACGCUUCCUUAGCGGUCGGACUAAAGAUUAACAUAACCAAGACGCAAAUAAUGACUAAUUUCAAAUAAUAACACUCGAUUGGGAAGAGAUAACAGACAUGCGAGCACCAACGUCGCAUAGGAUUAGCCUGGGCAGCGUUUUAAACUGAACUACAUUUAAAUCGGACUUGCCUAUAUGCCUAAAAGGAAAAUCUUGGACCAGUGUUUUGCCUUGCCUAAUUUACUAAUUAUUAUAUCUAUGACUCCAACACCAAGACGUCCGUCGUUUUGUUUAACCUCUCGUUUUUUAAUAAUUUAAUCUCGUUGUUCGCGAACCCCUACGAGGUUUCGUCCACACACCAAGUUCGCAAACUUAGUGUGUACGCGGCUUAAGACCUUGUUCCGUCAAAUUAUAGGAAGUUAUUUAAAAACUGUUCCAACAGAUAACGUGUUAACUUCAGAGAUAUGUAAAGAAAAUAGAUCAGGCUAGUCAUAUGCCACUCAAUGCAUCGGGGUGUAACGCCGAUAUCAAGUACGGUGGUCUAGCUAUCUUUGUCUGUCGUGCGAGUGUGAGCGUAUCUACCAAGAGGUGGGAAUAACGGAAUGACAGUGACACACCGGCGGCGGCCAUCAUAUGCUAGAGAGAGAAAGCUAAGCGCCGGUAGAGAGAGACAGAUAGACCACCGACCCGAACUGUUCCGCGUUACGCUAUUUUUCGAACUGGCCUGAUCUAUUCUGUUAUAUCUAUGGUUAACUUACAGUACAGAUUAGGAGCUAUGAGCCCAGAUGUGCGGGUACGGCUCUUGAACAUUCAAGUUUAUCAAAAAUGAAUAACCAUUUUCAAUUUAAAGUCUUAUUCAAGUUUAUAUUUACGGAUCCAGGCCGGAUAGCCCUGGCAGAUAAGACCAAUCAAAAGAAGAGAAGAAGUAUUUUCAUUGUGACCAUCAUAUUGUGACUUUGACUUGACACUUGACAGUGGCUUUAUUUUUAAUUUUUAUUGUUAACGAUUAUCCAUUAGUUUAGUCUGUUAAUCACCUGUUAAUUUGUUUAACGUUAUUUGUUUGUAAACUAAAUACAUACUAAAUAGUAGUAAUAGUUGUGUUUACACGCUUAAAGUUUAUAUAACCCAGCAAAAAUUUAAAUACAUAUUUUCCCUAUCAAUAAGUAAGAGGAUAGAUUUUAUUUGCUCCUUAUGGAAUUUAAAAUUGAAAUUAAAGAAGAGCUUGUUGAAUAUGACCAAAGACAUACUGAGAGUCCGCUAUCCACGUCAAUAAAUCUUGGACACUUGAAGAGUGAACCAGAGGUUAAUUCAGCUCUCACAAUAAAAGCUGGAGUUAAGGAAGAGUUUGGUGAUGGUGAUCCAAGAUAUAUACAGAGUCAACCAUCCUCCUCCCUUGAUCCCAAAGGCUUAAAGAAUGAGUCAGACGAAUAUAACUUGGGCUUUCUUGAAAAGAAGAACACAUCAGAAACUAUGAAAACAAAACUUGUACGGUCAAGUAAUAAAGAACAACAUAUCAGCCAACCUGUUGAAAACAAAUCAUUUAAAUGUGAAAUUUGUUUGAAGCAGUUUUGCCAAGCAAUUCGUUUGAAAAACCAUUUAAGACUCCACUCCGGCUUUCUUGAAAAGAAGAACACAUCAGAAACUAUGAAAACGAAACUCUUACGGUCAAGUAAUAAAGAAGAACAUAAUAAUAUCAGCCAACUUGUUGAAAAAAAAUCAUUUAAAUGUGAAAUUUGUUUUAAGCUGUUUAAUACUGCAAGUAAUUUGAAAACACAUUUGAGAGUGCACACUGGAGAAAAACCGUACAAGUGUGUAAUUUGUUGUAAGCAGUUUAGUGGAGCAGGUUCUUUGAAAACACAUUUGAGAGUGCACACUGGAGAAAAACCGUACAAGUGUGUAAUUUGUUGUAAGCAGUUUAGUGGAGCAGGUUCUUUGAAAACACAUUUGAGAGUGCACACUGGAGAAAAACCGUACAAGUGUGAAAUUUGUUUUAAGCAGUUUUCUCAAAAUGGUGAUUUGAAAACACAUUUGAGAGUGCACACUGGAGAAAAACCGUACAAGUGUGAAAUUUGUUUUAAGCAGUUUAGUGAAGCAUGUUCUUUGAAAACACAUUUGAGAGUGCACACUGGAGAAAAACCGUACAAAUGUGAAAUUUGUUGUAAGCAGUUUAGGGAAGCAGGUUCUUUGAAAACACAUUUGAGAGUGCACACUGGAGAAAAACCGUACAAAUGUGAAAUUUGUUUCAAGUCUUUUAUUACAACAAGUAAUUUAAAAACACAUUUAAGAUCGCACACUGGAGAAAAACCUCACAGGUGUGAAAUUUGUUUGACGCAGUUUACCCAGAAAAUUAAUAUGGAACGUCAUUUGAAGGUGCACACUGAUAAAAUAACUUGUAAGUGUGAUGUUUGUUUUAAAGAAUACACUGGAACAGAUAGUCUGAAUAGCCACAUCAAAUUGCACACUGGGGCAGUGCCCAUGUGCAAAAUUUGUUCUAAGAAUUUUAGUACUGCGAGUAAUUUAAAAAAACAUUUGAAGUUACAUACAGGAGAGAAACCUUUCAAUUGUGAUAUUUGUUUUAAGCAGUUUACGCAAGCAAGUAACUUGACAGCACAUUUGAAAUUACACACUGGAGAAAAACCUCACAAGUGUCAAAUUUGUUUUAAGCAGUUUAGCCAACCAAGUCAUUUGACAGUACAUUUGAGAUUACACACUGGAGAGAAACCUUACAAGUGCGAAAUUUGUUUAAAGCAGUUUAGCGUCGCAGUCCAUUUGAAAAUACAUUCUAGAACACAUACUGGAGAAAAACCUUACAAGUGCAAAAUUUGUACUAAACAGUUUACUGUGGGAGGUAGUUUAAAAAUACAUAUUAUGAAAAAACAUACAGGAGAGAAACCUCAAGUGUGAAAUUUGUUUUAAACAAUUUACUUAUAGACCUACUUUUGAUAAUCAUAUGCAAAUUCACC